AUGAACCAGGCGAACGGAAUUGUUGAAGUAGUCAACCGACUGAUCCUCCCCGUCGUCAAGACGCAUACCAGCGAGUUAAAGCUGCGCGCGACCGACUGGAACCUUGUCCUGGCCCUGGUACAAGCCGCAUUGAAUCACAUGCCGAGCGACCGACUUUGCGGCAUGGCCCGCCUUUACUGGCCUGUCUGCGACGACAUCCCUCCUCCACGCGCAAGAAGCACAUGGAUGAGCUGCAUGAAGCAAUGGAACAGCUGCUACGUGAAUUGGUUGCGACAAGCGACGCCAAGCCCGCGACCGCCAAGCCAUAAGCAGUUACAGAAGUUUGCGAUCGGCGACUUUGUCCUCAUUGCCAAUUGUCCCGCCAAGGCAACAAGUUGUCCCUGCACUGGCGUGGCCCAAGCAAGCUCGUCCGGACCCAGCAGUUGGUGCAACCACCACGCCUGCCGACUCAAGAUGUAUUACGAAGGCGGCUGCGAUGUAACCGAAGAAAUAGCCGACCAUAUUGCCUGUGGCAAUGAAGGGUUCCUUGUGGCCAAGCUCGGCGCGAAAGAACCGGCGAAUUCCAAGCCCUCGUCUACUGGCUUGGUCUCGAUGAAGACGAAGCCUCAUGGGAGCCCAUGCGCUCCCUCUAUGAAGACAUCCCCAUCGUUUUCCGCUACUGGCUUCACCAACAUGAAGACCAAGAAGAAGCGAAGUAAAUGGCUGCGGAACUCGUAG